AUGAACGUCCUCAUCUUCGGCGACCAGACUGCCGACCAGUACCCGCUUCUGCGGAAGGCUGUCCUCCGGAAAGACAAUGCGCUGCUCUCCACCUUCUUGGAGCGCGCCAGUGUCACCCUCAGAAAUGAGACCAAGCGCUUGCCCCGCUCGCAGCGCGAAAGCAUACCGGACUUCCUCUCAAUCUCCUCGUUGGUCGAGGCCUACUACGAGAAGGGCCUGAAGAUCCCGCAGAUUGAGAGCGCACUCGUUACUAUUGCGCAGCUCUCGCACUACCUGGGGUACUUCGGCGAGAACCCUACCGAGCUCCCCUCCCUCGCCAACACUCGCGCUCUCGGCCUCUGCACCGGUCUCCUCGCUGCCUCGGCCGUUGCAUCAGCAAAGACGCUCAGCGACCUUCUUCCUCUCGCAAUCGAAGCUGUUCGCAUUGCCUUCAGGACCGGUGCAGUCGUUGGAAAUGUCAGGGACGCUCUGGAGCACGUCCAAGAAGAGCCCCAGAGUUGGUCCACGAUCGUGGCAGGUAUCUCUGAGGAGUCUGCUAAGACCGCUCUGGCCGAUUUCCACCAAGAGAAGGGUAUCGCACUCUCGAACCAGGCUUGGGUCAGCGCAGUCAGCGUGAUGGCCAUCACCAUCAGCGGCCCCCCCGCCACUACUCAGCGCUUCUUCGCUGAGUCCGAGGCCGUCAAGGGCAAGACGCGCGUGCCUAUUCCUGUGUACGCACCGUACCACGCCGCUCACCUCCACAGCCAGGCCGAUGUCGACAGCAUUCUCGACAGCGAGGCGCGCGAGUUCCUUUCGCAGUACCGCCCGCAGUGCCUCGUUCACUCGUCCGUGACUGGCCAGUGCCACAGCGCGACGUCUACGCUAGAGCUGUUCCAGCUGGCACUGGGCGAGAUUCUGCAGGAACCCGUGCGAUGGGACCGGUUGUUGGAGGAGGUGGUGUCGCAGGUAACCGAGUUCAGCAAAUCGGAAUGCUCGGUUACCGCCGUUGGCGUAACAAAUGUCGCCAACAGCCUUGUCUCCGCGCUUAGGGCUGGUGGCCAGACCGCCAUCACCGGCAGGGACCAGUCGUCCUGGGCGCGCCCUGCCGAGACUGGCACGGGCCGCACGCAGAACGACAAGAUCGCCAUUGUCGGCAUGUCGGGCAGGUUCCCCAGCGCUGCCAGCGCCGAGAAGCUCUGGGAGCUGCUGGAGGCUGGCCUGGACGUCCACCGCGAGAUUCCGUCCGAUCGCUUCGACGCUAAGGCUCACUGCGAUCCUUCUGGAAAGGGCAAGAACAAGAGCCACACGCCCUACGGCUGCUUCAUCGACGAGCCUGGUCUUUUCGACCCUCGUUUCUUCAACAUGUCUCCUCGCGAGGCCGCUCAGACCGACCCCAUGGGUCGCCUGGCGCUGACGACCGCCUACGAAGCCCUGGAGAUGUCCGGCUACGUGCCUAACCGCACGCCUUCGACCAAGUUGCACCGCAUCGGCACCUUCUACGGUCAGACUUCAGACGAUUGGCGUGAGAUUAAUGCGGCUGAGAACGUGGACACCUACUUCAUCACCGGUGGUGUCCGUGCGUUCGCUCCUGGACGCAUUAAUUAUUACUUCAAGUUCUCCGGCCCGUCGUACAGCAUCGACACCGCCUGCUCCUCCAGUUUGGCCGCCAUUCAGCUGGCCUGCACUUCGCUGUGGGCUGGCGACUGCGACACCGCCUGCGCUGGUGGCUUGAACGUGCUGACCAACCCCGACAUUUUCGCCGGCCUGAGCAAGGGCCAGUUCCUCUCCAAGACCGGAUCUUGCAAGACGUACGAUAACGACGCCGACGGCUACUGCCGUGGUGAUGGCUGCGGCACCGUCAUCCUCAAGCGCUACGAGGACGCCAUCGCAGACAAGGACAACAUCCUGGGCUGCAUCCUCGGCGCUGCUACCAACCACUCUGCCGAGGCUGUCUCCAUCACCCACCCGCACGCUGGCGCUCAGGAGUUCCUCUACAAGAAGGUCCUCGCCAACGCUGGCGUUGACGCUCACGAUGUCAGCUACGUCGAGAUGCACGGCACGGGCACCCAGGCUGGUGACGGCAUCGAGAUGACUUCGGUCACCAACGUUUUCGCCCCCCGCCAUCGCCAGCGCAAGCCCGAGGAGACCCUUCACCUCGGCGCUAUCAAGGCGAACAUCGGCCACGGAGAGGCUGCCUCUGGCAUCAACUCUUUGAUCAAGGUCAUGAUGAUGAUGAAAAAGAACGCCAUCCCCGCCAACGUCGGCAUCAAGGGGGUCAUGAACAAGACGUUCCCCAAGGAUCUGCUUCAGCGCAAUGUUCACAUCGAGCAGAAGCAAGUCGCUUGGCCGAGGAAGGGCGCGGAGCCCCGGAGAGUUUUCCUCAACAACUUCAGCGCUGCUGGCGGUAACACUGCCAUCAUCCUGGAGGAUGGUCCUCUGAAGGAAGCCCCGAAGGUCCAGGACCCGCGUACCUCGCAAAUCGUGACCGUCUCGGCACGCUCGAUUGCUUCGCUCAAGAGGAACAUCCAGAACCUCAUUGACUACAUCGGCGAGAACCCUGAUACUUCACUGACCGACUUGGCGUACACGACGACCGCUCGUCGCAUUCAGCACAACUACCGCGUGGCUGUCGCCGUCUCGGAGAUGUCGAAGGUCAAGGAUGCUCUGCAGGCCCAGCUCAAGGACUCCUACAGCCCCAUCGCCAUGGUCGCUACUAAGACGGCUUUCACUUUCACUGGCCAGGGCUCUCAGUACACCGGUCUUGCGCAGAAGCUGUACCAGGACCUGCCCUCGUUCAAGGCUGACAUCGAACAGCUGGAUAACCUUGCCCGCAUUCAGGGGCUGCCAUCGUUCAUUCCUCUGCUCGAUGGCACCGACGUCACCACGCUUUCCCCGCUGGUCAUUCAGCUUGGCAUGUCCUGCAUUCAGGUUGCUUUGGCGCGCAUGUGGGCUGCUUGGGGCGUCAAGCCCACUGCUGUUAUCGGUCACAGCCUUGGCGAGUACGCUGCUCUGCACGUUGCGGGCGUCAUCUCUGCCGCGGACAUGAUUCUCCUGGUCGGUCGCAGGGCGCAGCUCCUUAUUGCCGACUGCACCGAGUACACUCACGGCAUGCUUGCUGUCAAGGGUAGCGCCGAGUCUAUCUCCAACGUUCUCGGAGCCAAGAUGACCGAGAUCGCUUGCAUGAACGGCCCAGAAGAGACCGUCCUUUGCGGUACCCUCGAGGUUAUCGACGAUGUCAACGAGGCGCUUGGCGCCCAGGGCUUCAAGGCUACCAAGCUCAAGGUUCCCUUCGCCUUCCACUCCGCUCAGGUCGAGCCGAUCCUCGAGUCCUUCAAGGCUGUUGCAUCCGCUGUCACUUUCCACAAGCCGACUGUUCCCGUGCUGUCUCCCCUUACUGGUGAGGUCAUUCGCGAGAGCGGCAUCAUUGGCCCCGAGUAUCUCGCCAGGCACGCCCGCGAGACCGUCAACUUCUGGUCUGCCAUCUCCGCCGGCGAGGAGGAGAAGGUCUUUGACGAGAAGACGGUGUGGCUCGAGAUUGGCGCGCACCCUGUUUGCUCCGGCAUGGUCAAGUCGUCGCUCGACGGCACGCCUACCACCGCGUCCUCUCUCCGCAGGAACGAGGACCCAUGGAAGACUCUGACCGCCAGCCUGUGCACUCUCUACACCGCGGGUGUUCCCAUCGACUUCAACGAGUUCCACAUGGAGUUCAACGAUGCCCAGCAAUUGCUGCCCCUGCCCACCUACAGCUUCGACAACAAGAAGUACUGGCUCGACUACCACAACAACUGGACCCUCACCAAGGGCGAGGCUCCGGCUGCCAUCGAGGCUCCCAAGCCCGCUGCUCCGGUCAAGUCCAAGUUCUCGACCACUUCUUGCCAGCGCAUCGUCAAGGAGGAGCUCCAUGCCAACUCUGGCAAGGUGAUCUUCGAGUCUGACCUUACGGAGCCCACGCUCCACAAGUGCGUUACUGGCCACUUGGUCAACGAGGCUCCCUUGUGCCCAUCGUCUUUGUACGCCGACAUGGGUAUGACUGCUGCGGACUACCUCUACAAGCAACUUCGCCCUGGUGCGGCUCCGGUCGGAUACAACUUCUGCAAGAUGGAGGUUCCUAAGCCCUUGAUCGCCAAGCUCCCUCCCCCUCCCGAGGGCCAGUUGAUCCAGCUCAUUGCUGAGGCUGAUCUGGAGCAGAAGGAGGUUUCGCUCAAGUUCAUCAGUGUCACUUCCGAGGGAAAGACCAUCCAGACGCACGCCACUGGUUGUGUCAUCUACGAGGACCUCGAUGCCUGGAAGGAGGAGUGGCAGCGCACCUCCUUCAUGGUCCAGACUCAAAUCGACCUCCUCAAGGAGAAGCUCGAGACUGGACGCGCGCACAAGGUGCUCCGCGGCAUGGCCUACAAGCUGUUCAAGGCGCUUGUUGACUACGCUCCUUCCUACAGGGCGAUGGAAGAAGUUAUCCUUGACGGCAAGCAGACCGAGGCUACUGCUUCUCUGCAGUUCCAGAACAAGCCUGAGGAUGGAAACUUCUUCUUGGCUCCGUAUAUCAUCGACGGCGCCUGUCACAUCUCUGGAUUCAUCGUCAACGCCUCUGACCUUGUUGACUCGGAGAACAGUGUGUACAUCUCCCACGGCUGGAAGUCUGUCAAGUUCUCCAAGCAACUCUCGGCCGACAAGAAGUACCGCAACUACGUGCGCAUGCAGCCCGCUCCCGGAAACAUUUCCCAGGGUGAUGUCUACAUUUUCGACGGGGAUGAGUGUGUCGGUCUUGUCACUGGCCUCAAGUUCCAGAACAUCCCGCGCCGCGCUCUGAACGUCAUGCUUCCCCCUCCGAAGAAGGCUGGCGCUGGGCCCACAAAGCCCGCCAUUGCGGCUGCUCCUGCGAAGGCACCUGUUGCCGCGGCUCCCAAGGCCGCAGCCAAGGCCGUCGCUGAGACCAAGACCAAGAAGCCCGCCAAGGCUGCCCAGCCCAAGUCCUCGGGCAAUGUCAUCACUACCCGCGUCAUGAAGAUCAUCGCCGAGGAGUGCGAUCUCGACAUGUCCGAGCUCGUCGAUGAAGCUGCCUUUGAGAACAUGGGUGUCGACUCUCUGAUGUCUCUGACGAUUUCUGCCAAGUUCCGUGAGGACCUGGAUCUCGACAUCUCCUCGACGCUCUUCACCGACUACCCUACGGUUGGCGAGAUGAAGAAGUUCUUCGCCCAGUACGAUGGAGGAGCCCCUCUUGUCGACUCGGAGGACUCGACUGAGUCGGAGGCGUCUGACCCUCGCACUCCCGAAGACGACGACUCUGAGACGGAUCCCAGCUCCGCCCCGAGCUCUGCUCCCAGCGUGAGCGGCAAGGACGAGUACGUCGAGGUGAAGGCGACUGGUGCGGCCUCUGGGCAGAUCAGCCUUGCUCGUCAGAUCAUCUCUGAUGAGAUGGGUGUGCCGACUUCUGAGAUCAGCGACCAGGCCGAUCUGGCCGAGCUUGGCAUGGACUCCCUUAUGAGCCUUACCAUCCUCGGUGCGCUGCGUGAGCAGACUGGAGUCGACCUCCCGUCGACCUUCCUGGUGACCAACGCCACGAUCGAGGAUAUUGAGAAUGCCCUCGGUAUGAAGCCCAAGGCUCAGGAAAAGAAGGUCGAAGCCAAGGUUGAGAAGAAGGCUGCUCCCAAGCCCAAGGCUCCUAAGGUGACCAAGGCUCCCCAGCUUUCCGAGGUGAACAAGAAGCUCAGCUCGACUAUCGAUGUCUCUCACCUCCCGCCUGCGAACUCCGUCCUCCUUCAGGGAAACGCCAAGAUUGCCACGAAGAAGCUCUUCUUCUUGCCUGAUGGAUCUGGUUCUGCGACUUCGUACAUCUCCAUCCCCAACCUCUCAUCCGACCUCGCCGUGUACGGCCUGAACUGCCCGUUCAUGAAGUGCCCGGAGAAGUUCGACUGCGGCAUCCAGGCUGUCAGCAGGCUCUAUCUCAACGAGAUGAAGCGCCGCCAGCCCGAGGGCCCGUACUACAUCGGUGGCUGGUCUGCCGGAGGCGUCAUCGCCUACGAGGUCUGCCAGCAGCUCCUCGCUGACGGCGAGAAGGUCGAGAGGCUCCUCUUGCUCGACUCGCCCUGCCCCGUCGAGCUCGACCCGCUUCCCGCACGUCUCCACCACUUCUUCGACUCGAUCGGACUGCUCGGCACCGGCAAGCCCGGUGGUACGCCCGGCUGGCUCCUGCCCCACUUCGCGGCCUCGAUCAAGGCGCUGAAGGAGUACGAGCCCGUUCCCAUGCCGCAGGACAGGGCGCCUGAGACGUACGCCAUCUGGUGCACUGACGGCGUCUGCCCCAACCCCGACGACCCCCGCCCGCCGCCCGGCGAGGAGGAGGAUCCGGCUCCCAUGACCUGGCUUCUCAACAACCGCACCGAGUUCGGUGACAACGGCUGGGGCCAGAUCAUCCCAGUAGAGAAGAUGAAGUUCGGUGUCAUGGGUGGUAACCACUUCACGAUGAUGAAGGACCCUUAUGCUGAGAAGCUGGGUGAGCUGAUCAGGGAAGGCAUGAGCCUUUAA